AUGACUGUUGCCAGCCCACUCAGGAAAGAAAAAUUCCAGAAAGAGGAGUCGAUUUUGAUUGACUAUUCGCGCACCGCCCCUGCCUCAAGUUGUUCGUUGCCCUUCCAUAAGAACUUCCGAUCCGGGAUGCCGUCCGUUUUGAGCAGGGGCCAUCCCAUCCAUCAAAAGACAAGGGCACCCAGGUUAGAGUCCAAGGAUUGGAAAAUCGCGGGAGGGGACGCGGAGGAGGCGUUGCCGCCCGGUUGCUUCCUGGGACCGGUGCAGGAGAAUUUAUGGUUACCGUACAUGGAUGCGAUUUGCUCGAUGAGGAGAGACCAAGCAACCACUGGCAGCAUCGUACCGCACCAAGCUUUCAUUACCACGUACAUAACAGGUACAACAAAAAGCACUCAUCUUCCCUCUCCCUGA